GCUGUGUUUCCAGGUUGCGACGUGAGAAUCUUAACAUAGAGCUGCAGUUCCUGGGAAGGAAUUUGCUUGGGUACUGCCACGGGGCAGACCUACCCCUCAACCACAGUCCCCGGUGCCUUGGCUUCCCUUCCUCUCUAUGACCUCAACCCAACUUUCUGCACUAAAUUGUGCAUUAUCUGCUCCAAGGACUGCAAGACGGAAUGAGUAUUGAAUUAUUUAUCCAUGUGCCUCCCUAAAGGCAGAUUUAGACAUAUAUGUCCCUUUUAAUCACACCUUUUUGAGGUAAUAUUAAAAAAUCCAUUUUAUAGUAAAGAAGACUGAGUCUUCAAGGGCUCAAUGCAGGUUGUAUGUUUACUUGUGAGCUUAGCCUAGGGAUAGAAAUGGUAGUAUAUAUUCUGCCCUUUCAUACAUUGUAUCUUAGGAGCACCGUUCUCCUUAGCCCAGGUUGGCCCUAGUCUCUCAAGGCUAUGAGCCACCCUGUGCUAUCCUCAGCCAUUCCCACUGUGGAUCAGGAUACAGAUUUUCACUUGUGUGUCAGGGAAUGAUGCCAUUUGAAGUACUGCUUCUGCUGAUAAGCGUGGGACCAUCUGCUUGGCACAGCUCACGUAUUUUCAGCAGUGGGGGAGCAGCUCUGACUUCAGAGACUAGUCUGCAGCCAUCCUUGGAGAUGCUGAGAUCAGGGACCUGGCAGGCUGGCUGGGUAUGGAUGCCACGGGAUGCAAAGGAGCCAUCUCCCUGCUGCACCCCUGACCCUUUCUGAGCGAAGGACACCAGAGGUGCUUCCGUGAGGAACAGCGAGGAGGGAAGGGUGCUCUGUGCUGCUCCUGACUGAUGACACCACCGCCUGUUCCGGACCUCUCGCGCUGUUCCCAUCUGAGGUCCCCACCACUGUGUUCUACACCAAGGCUGGUAGGAUGAGCUGUCCUUCAACUCAGACUGUCCCUGCCAGAAAGUUACCUGAAGCGGCACAGCCCGAAGCCUCCUCAUGGACCCAUCAAAUAUGACAUCCCUUGCUGAGGAGAAAGCCAUGAACACCUCCAACAGGAACGCCUCCCUGGGGAGCGUGCACCCGCCCAUUCCCAUAGUGCACUGGGUCAUCAUGAGCAUCUCCCCUCUGGGCUUUGUGGAGAACGGGAUCCUCCUCUGGUUCCUCUGCUUCCGGAUGAGGAGAAAUCCCUUCACCGUCUACAUCACCCACUUGUCCAUUGCGGACAUCUCGCUCCUCUUCUGUAUUUUCAUCCUGUCCAUUGACUAUGCGCUGGACUACGAGCUCUCUUCUGGUCACUACUACACAAUUGUCACGUUGUCCGUGACAUUUCUAUUUGGCUACAACACUGGCCUCUACCUGCUGACGGCCAUCAGCGUGGAGAGAUGCCUAUCGGUCCUCUACCCAAUUUGGUACAGAUGCCACCGCCCCAAGCACCAGUCGGCAUUCGUCUGCGCCCUCCUGUGGGCACUUUCGUGCUUGGUGACCACCAUGGAGUAUGUCAUGUGCAUCGACAGCGGGGAGGAGAGUCAGUCUCGGAGUGACUGCCGGGCGGUCAUCAUCUUUAUCGCUGUUCUCAGCUUCCUGGUCUUCACCCCGCUCAUGCUGGUAUCCAGCACCAUCUUGGUGGUGAAGAUACGGAAGAACACAUGGGCCUCCCACUCUUCAAAACUGUACAUCGUCAUCAUGGUCACCAUCAUCAUCUUCCUCAUCUUCGCCGUGCCCAUGCGGGUGCUCUACCUGCUGUACUACGAGUACUGGUCAGCCUUCGGGAACCUACACCACAUCUCCCUGCUCUUCUCCACCAUCAACAGCAGCGCCAACCCUUUCAUCUACUUUUUUGUGGGCAGCAGCAAGAAGAAGCGCUUCAGGGAGUCCUUAAAAGUGGUUCUGACCAGGGCUUUCAAAGAUGAAAUGCAGCCCAGACGCCAGGAGGGCAAUGGCAACACCAUCUCCAUUGAGACCGUGGUCUGAGAACCACAGCAGGGAACUGUGGACAGAAACAGUGGAAUGCGGGUCGCUUUUGAUUUGUGCUUGGAGUGCAGUGGAAGCACAUUUAAAUCUUCAAAGUAUGAUACAGAAGGGAAGCAUUCCACAUGCAUGAGAGUCUAAUGAUGAGCUUGUGUUCUGAUCUCGUGUCUUCUGGAAAUGUUUCCAUAUGUGACAGGACUCUGUCUUUUUCCAUCCUUAUCAAAGACUUAUUCUUCUCUUAGCUCUUUGGUAGUGAUCAACAGUUAACUACAAAAACUGCACUAGCAGGAGGCAUCCCGAAUGGGACCUGGAGAACCCAGGGAAGCCAUGCCAUGACUACUGUUUGCUCCAUGUGACCUCAGGCGAGAGACUCUGGGGAGCCUCAUUUCCUCCCUUAGCGGAAGUGGUAACAGUCUGUACCGUUCAGGUUAUUGCUGAGUAAGGCAAGGUAGGCAAAGCACCUGCUCAUUGUCAAAGUUCAAUAAAAUCCAUCUCUCUACAUCCUUUAACUAGAACACAAUGUGCUUAUACAAAUAUUGCCUUGUGCUUUUAAAUGUUGAACGUAGAUUCCCAAAGGUCUCCUGGCUUGCAGCAUGGCAGCUUUUCAUGGUGUAACACCUCUGACUAAACA